CUCUCGCACUCAUGGGGCGUUCCGAGUGGGUGUGAGAGAGACACGGCGACGAAGCCAUUGUUCGGGAUCAGCCAGUUGCUGGUCGAUAACUUUACAACGCCCAGCCCUCCUCCGCCACGCGCGAGGGCAUGCCUGGCGGAAAGCGCGUCCCUGACGCGCAGGCCGGCCACUGCAGGGGAGUCGCGAAACGCAGCAGACACGCACGCGACUUGAUGUAGUGAGUGACGGGUGUCUCGUAGACGCCCCGCCCGCGGCGAGGCUCGCGGCCGAUGUGGCUGACGGCGCUCAGGGCGCUGCGGGCGGCGGCCCUCGCCUCGACCCUGGCGCAGCUGUGCGUCGUGCCGGGCGCCGAUGCGGCCGUCAAGCCCUUGAAGAAGAGAGUCUCGGACGAGGAUUUCGUGAGGUUCCUGGGCUUCCUGGCGACGCGCUACUUGCCGGCCGACGGCACCCUCAUCCUGUGCAGGGCCGGCGAGGCCGCCAGGCUGCCCUGGGUCCUCGGCGCCCUGCACUCCCUGCCCGUCAUGGCGCUGUGCCCCGGCGCCGACAACCAGCUGCCCGCGGGCAGGCUGGUGGCCUUCAUGGUGGUGGGCACGCCGCAGUACUUGCCGCAGUUGAUGGCGCAGCUCAGCCCCGCGGCUGACUCCUCGCGCUGGUACUCCGAGAUGAUGAUCAUCGUGCGCCCCGACGAGGACGCCGACGACGCCGACACCCUGGAGCCCCUGGUGCAGGACCUGAUGGCGAUCACGUGGUCGCGGUCCUGGGGACAGACUUCGGUGACGGUGGUGCGGGGCGAGGUGGGCACCCUGUACGCCAUGGUGCCCUUCACGAACGCGUCCGCCGUGUGCGGCAGCGAGGCGCCCGUCGUCGCCCCUUUGGCCUCGGUGCGCAUCACGGACCCGGCCGCGCUGGCCACCCUGCCUCACAAGAUCUACGCGGGAGAGCUGGUCCCCAGGGACCUCGGCGGCUGCGUGGUGCGCGCCACUGUGAUCGUCAGCUACCGCGACCGGUGCGGCUACACCGCGGCCAACGAGCUGCCCUUCGAGUCGAGGCUGGUCGUCGCCAUCAUGGAGUCCGUGGCGCAGUACAGGAACGUCAAGGUCAACUGGACGUACGUCACCGACCAGAAGAUCGUGAACUACGGCAACGGGACGUUCUCCGACCCACUCCGGAGGCUCAACGGGCAGACCGACGUGGUGCUGGGGGUCAUGGCGAUGUCGCCGAGCAGGAUGCAGUCCUUCCGGGCCACGGUGUCGUUCCUACAGACGCCCAUCGUCGUCACGGCGCGCUGCCCCAACCCGACGCCAGGAAGGCCGCGCCACUUGUCCAAGAUGUUCCGGAACAUCUGGGUGCGCGGGGUGUGGGGCUGCCUCCUGGUCAUCGGCGUGGCCGUCACCGUGGUGCUGCGCGUGGUCAUCGCACGCGUGUCCCGGGUGGUGCCGCGGACGCCGCGCUGGUGGUGCUCGGUGGUCAGCGCGGCCCUGCUGGACCACAUGGCCAAGAUGUGCGAGGUGGUGACGCCGGCGUGGCGGAUGUGCCCCGCGGUCACGUCGGCGCGUGUGCUGACGGGCACCUGGCUGCUGGUGCUGCUCAACAUCAACGUGGCCAUGAAGGGACUCCUGCUGACCGAGGGCACCGUCACCAAGCCGUUGGUGAUGCCGCAGACCGUGCCGGAACUGCUCGCGGCCAUGCCCAACGUCACCGUCUUCACCACAACGGAGAGCCUGCGCGCGUCGGUGAACGCUUCCGGCGUGCCGCUGGAGCGCGUGGUGGCCUGCGAGAGCGAGCAGGACGUCCGGCGCUGCGAGGACCGCUUCGCCAGGGAGCCAGCCUCCGCGGUGGCGUCCAGCCCCGAGCCCUCGCGCCUCAAGUGCCUGCGCGGCUGUCGGUACUCGCUGCCCACGGUGCUGGUGCAGGCCAACUACGUCACCUACGUCAGGAAGACCUACGUGCUCGUCGACGUGCUGGACGAGACCAUCCUCCGCCUGCAGAACGGCGGCCUCAUCGAACGGCUGGUGCAACUGGAGAUCACGAAGAGGCGGUCCAAGGCGAAGCGGAGCCAGCUCAGGCAAAGGAGGCAGGAUCGGACACGGCGCAGGAGCAGUUUCAGCGUGGACCACAUGAUCAUCCUGUUGGCGGGACUCGCCGUGGCGACGCUCGCGUUCCUGGGCGAGACGGCGACGCACCGUCUGCACGCCAUCAUGUGCCCCAGUACCAUCCCCAAGAAGCAACUCGCUAUGAUUUCUUCGAAGCGCUGAAUUAGAUUCGAUAUAAUUAGGGGUGAGCGAAUUUCCCCCUCCCCCGCGCUUCAUUCAACUAAUGCCAGGGAAGCCCCGAACUGCGCCGGUGUCCGCAGUCCGCUGGCCCUGAUUCGCAGCGCGAUCAAUUUUUGCCCGAUUGUCGUGGCUGCUCCCUGGAGCGCGACGACGACGACGACGGCCCGGCGGGGCGCAACGCCGCGGGACGCCGCCGCGCAUUCCCUGCGGCAAAGUUUCUCGUUCCACUUCCACGGGGUGUCGGCCGGCUUUGUCCGCGGGGGGCCGCACAUGUCACUCGCACCGAGGUACACAUGGAGAAGAGUGACCGCCGUCACUCGCUCCGAAAUACAAGUGUCGGAAUCUCGUAAGCAGAAUUUCACCAUCCACGAGAUAGACACCUGUAUUUCGUAGCGGGUCACGGCGGGCCAGGAGCGGGUAACUGUUCUCAUCUCUGCACCGAGUCGAGGAAGUUCGACGCGGGGAACUCAUAAGACUUGCGCUCAAUCUGCUCCAACUGUUCAAUGUGAACAAAUGCAUUUUUUCUCGACCUGUCCUUUGGUUCAGCCGUGUGACUGUUGGGACGUACAAGGAGCUGCCUUUGUUGACCGCAGCCUCCUCGCUGCCGUGCUGCUGCAGGGCCUG